AUGCGUUCCUCAAUGGUGCUAUGUGUUAUCUUGGCAGAGUUCUUCAUGCAGGAUAUUUCCUACAGUCUGAAUCGAGUGAGGUCUCAGGAGCAGCUGCUGAAGUCGGUCCUGCUUUACUCUUUCGACCACAACCACAUCGCCUCCUUCACGUCGCUCUGCUAUCUCGACGUGAAAGAACAGAAGCCCUCGAAGGACCAGAUGUGUUCUCCGCAUCCCGGCACGCAGCAGUCGGUCCCUCUUCUCAGCUUCCACGUCCACACUGACAGAAGGGUCCUUCGCCGCUGGGUGGAGGUCGACGUGACCUCCUUCCUCCAUCCUCUCAUUCAAGCCCAUAAGAAGGACAUCCAUCUGCUGAUCAACCUGACCUGCAUUGAAGACAUGAUCCCCAGACCCGGAGGCCAGGUUCACAAGAGCCCAGUGGAGUUAACUCCCAGAUCUCCGUCUCUUCUCCUGUACCUUAAUGACACCAGCGAGGUUGCGUACCAGAGAAGAGCCACACGAGGUAGGAUGGUAGACCUGACAUCAAACCACUGGGAUAGAAAGUCCACUUUGUGGGAUUCAACUUCACGAAAGAGACGAGGCACCCUAAAGAGCACCAGUUCGCCGGAAACCAGCGCGCCCAAACUCGUCCCCAUGUACGACUUCCCCACAGACGACUGUGACCUGUAUGAUUUCAAAGUGAGCUUCAGUCAGCUCAAACUGGACCAUUGGAUCAUAGCGCCUCACAGAUACAACCCGAGGUACUGUAAGGGAUCUUGUCCGAGG